GGCCGCGGGGUUGGAGCGGGCGCGGGGGCGCGCGCCGGCCUGACGGACGGACGGACGGACAGACGGACGGAGCAGCCGAGGCGAGCGGGCAGCUCGGACCCGCCCGGACGCAGCGCUCGCCCGGCGGCGGCGGCGAUCACCGGCGCCGGUCCGGCGGCCGCGGCGCCCGCCCUCGCCCGCGCCCCAUGGGGUCACAGAGUCUGCGGAACAGCACCACCAAGACUUCCAGAUGAACAACCGGAAGGAAGACAUGGAAAUCGCGUCCCACUACCGGCACCUGCUCCGUGAGCUCAACGAGCAGAGGCAGCAUGGCGUCCUGUGUGACGUGUGUGUCGUGGUGGAGGGCAAGGUCUUCAAGGCCCACAAGAACGUCCUGCUCGGCAGUAGCCGCUACUUCAAGACGCUUUACUGCCAGGUGCAGAAGACGUCGGACCAGGCUACGGUCACACACUUGGACAUCGUCACGGCCCAGGGCUUCAAGGCCAUCAUCGACUUCAUGUACUCGGCCCACCUGGCCCUCACCAGCAGGAAUGUCAUCGAGGUGAUGUCCGCGGCCAGCUUCCUGCAGAUGACGGACAUCGUGCAGGCCUGCCACGACUUCAUCAAGGCCGCGCUGGACAUCAGCAUCAAGCCAGACGCCUCGGACGAGCUUGCGGAGUUCGAGAUCAGUGCCCCCCCCGGCAGCAGCACUGACGCGCUGAUCUCGGCCGUGAUGGCCGGAAGGAGCAUCUCGCCAUGGCUGGCCCGGCGCACGAGCCCCGCCAAUUCCUCCGGAGACUCGGCCAUCGCCAGCUGCCACGAGGGGAGCAGCAGCUACGGGAAGGAGGAGCAGGAGCCCAAGGCCGACGGGCCCGAUGACAUCGCCUCGCAGUCGCUGUGGCCGGGCGACGUCGGCUACGGGUCUCUGCGGGUCAAGGAAGAGCAGGUUUCGCCGUCUCACUACGGAGGGAGCGAGCUGCCCUCCGCCAGGGACGGCGCGAUGCAGAACCCCUUCUCCGAGCAGGUGGGAGGCGACGGCUGGCAGCCCGCAGGUCGGAGGAAGAAUCGGAAAAACAAGGAGACGGUCCGGCACAUCACGCAGCAGGUGGAGGACGAGAGCCGGGCCAGCUCCCCCGUGGCCUCUUUCCUUCCGACGUCCGGGUGGCCGUUCAGCAGCCGAGACUCAAAUGCAGACUUGACGGUCACUGAAGCCAGUGGCGCCGACAGCCGCGGGGAGAGGGCUGAGCUCUUUGGCCACGUGGACGAGGGUCUCCUGGGAGGAGAAGCCAGCUACCUGGGCCCGCCCCUGACCCCGGAGAAGGAGGAAGCCCUGCACCAGGCCACCGCGGUCGCCAACCUGCGAGCAGCUCUCAUGAGCAAGAGCAGCCUGCUGUCCCUCAAGGCCGACGUGCUCGGGGACGACAGCUCCCUGCUGCUGGACUACCUGCCCAAAGGCACCCACUCCCUGUCCCUGAACGAGUUCACGGUGAUCAGAAAGAAGUUCAAGUGUCCCUACUGCAGCUUCUCGGCCAUGCACCAGUGCAUCCUCAAGCGGCACAUGCGCUCUCACACCGGGGAGCGGCCCUACCCCUGCGAGAUCUGCGGCAAGAAGUUCACGCGGCGUGAGCACAUGAAGCGGCACACGCUGGUCCACAGCAAGGACAAGAAGUACGUGUGCAAGUUGUGCAGCCGCGUGUUCAUGUCAGCCGCCAGCGUGGGCAUCAAGCAUGGCUCGCGGCGUCACGGCGUCUGUGCUGACUGCGCGGGCCGAGGCGUGGCCGGGCCCCUGGACGGCGGUGGCACCGAGGGCUCCCCCGAGCUGUUCCCUGGCGAUGGGCCCUACCUGGAAGACCCGGACGACCCGCGGGGGGAGGGCGAGGAGGAGCUGUGUGAGGACGAAGACGAGGUGGGCCUGGCCCACGAGGACGCGCUGCUGGUGGCCGAGAAGGAGGACGAGGACUCACCGCGGGGACCCGGCAGCCCCCCGGGCGCGCCCGACAAGGACUUCUCCUGGAUCUCCUAGGCUGCGGGGCGGGGGCCCUGCCAUCCCUCCUGGGGGCGGGGCCGUGGCCGUGCCCCCCUCCACCAUGCGUGUGUGUGUGCGUGCACAUGUGUGUGCGUGCGUGUGUGUGUGCGUGUGCACGCGUGUUUGCCUAGGGAUCUGCUCUCGCCUGGGGCCAGACCACGCUGACCCCUUUGUUCUGCUCCUGCCCCCAGACACACACGGAAGCCCACGGGCUCUGAGGCAGGCAUGACCCCAGCGAGUCGGGGCUCCGGGACCGAACAGGACGUUGGGGGGCACAGGGUGGGUUUGAGCAGAGGGAGAGCACACGUUCCCUCGUGUCUGCAGGGACGAAGGGAGGGUCCCCGGCAGGUACGUGUGGCUAGGGCAUUAAGGGAGCCCAUGUGGCCAGCCGGUUCUUAGGACGCACGAUGGCCCGAUGACCAGGUCACGGUCGGGACUGGUCGGAGUCCUGAGCGUCGUCCCCGAGGCCACAGGUCCAAGGGACGUUAAGGAAGGUGUUGCAUACAUCCGAUGUCCAGUGCUGGAGCCCCCCCCCCCCCGCUCUGCUCGCCCUUUCUCAGCAGCCUGGUCACUGCCUACGGCCACGGCCACAGCCUUCUGCCGCAGUCGUGGCCAUUCCUCGUGGAACUCAGGCUCAGUGUCCAGGAAGCCCUGGGGCCCUCCCGCCUCUGGGCUUUGGUGCUUCCCAUCGAACAGCUGCAGAAGCCCCGGCCAGGGCCGAGGUCUCCCAGGUGCUAUCUUCCCGUGGAGGCGGCCGGGUGAGGACCGACGUGCCAUGCUCCUCUGGUGCAGGGCUCGGAGCUCCCCGCUGCCGGCCACUCAGGUCCCUUCGGGGCGCCCGGGCUCUCCGUUCCGCACUUCCUUGGGGAGCCCGGGGCGGCCUCAGCCCCUCGGCCCCGCCGUCGUGCCCAGGCUGCUCCCGCUCGCCCCCUGCCCCCGGGUGCCCUUGCCUUGUUGCUGCUAACAGUGGGGGUGGGGACUGGACCGCUCGUGCUGCUCACACCUCCCCGCGUGGGUAACCAAACUUUUUAAGUCGUCGGAGACGUAUUUGAGGUAGUUGCAUACGAUUAUGUGGUUGGCAUUAUUUUUCUGGCGUGACGAAGCCUGGCGUUGUCUUACCUUCCGCCUGUCGGUCCGUCCGUCGGCUCUGGAGAUGAGCUCACCGCCGCUUCACGACUCCGGUCUUUUCUGAGUGAAAAGCAAGGGCCCCGCUGGGAGGACCGUGCCCUGGGCCGCAGGACCCGCCCUGCUCUGUCCCCUUCCCGCCGGGCCGCCGGGAACCGCACUCUCUACUCAGACAUUCCGCCCUGCGCCCGCCCGGCGGAGGCCCCUGCCGAAGACCGUGUUCCUGUUCUCUCAGGCCACGGGCUGUCAGCUGCUAUGCAGCUGGCCGCGGAGUCACAUCUAUUCUUUUUAGGUGGAAACAGGAGAAUCCCACGAGUCCCUACCUUGGGUUCCGAUGGUGACCUGGAGUGCUUGCCCGGGGCGGCUGCUGGGGAGCCGGGCACCCCGAGAUAGAGGGCGCGGAUGGGGCCGCCCGCACUCCUGUCCUCCGUGGGGACGUGGGGACGAAGGCCGCCCUUCCUGACACCGAAGUGGCGAGGCCAGUGCAGGGCUCUGGGACAUACUUCCCUUGCUGCCUUUCACCAGUGAGGCCCCGGGCUGCACCCCUCAUGGGGCCCUCAGAACUAUGUACCUCCCCGACUUUCUGACCCUUUUCUAAACAGACCUCCUUUCUUACAAAUGUAUUUGGAAACCAGACCUUUGCUACCAACAGUGUCUCUGGGUUUUGUACUGGUCCCACCGCUCAGGCCGCCCCGCCCACCCCCGGGCCACCUCUGCCUCGCACUCAGGACAUCUCGCUCUGACCCGCCGCUCCCUGCUCCCGACCACCCUUGCUGACGUUUUCGGGGGGUCGCUGUCAGUGCCACAGGGGCAUUUUCUUCCUAAAAUCAACACUGUACUGGAAAACCGAGGGCCCCACCCCUGCCCACCCAGUCCGCCGGGCGUGCGCUGGGCGGCUGGCCGCCGUCCGUGGAGGUGAACGCGCCCACUCAGGAGGCGUGGAGGGAAAAGGCGUGUGGCGAAGGGUUUUUUUACGUGACUGGUUUUUUUUUUUUAAUCAAUGUUUAAACCUAAUAAAUAUUUUUUUAUGAAGAGGAAAAAAUGUGUAGAUUACAUUUCACGUUUUGUACCUUUUUGUUCGUGUCUGUCUGUAUUUUGGUGUUUGCAACACCAAAGUGGAAAAUGCAGUGCGUUGAGUGGUGAGUUCUUUGGGGUGGGGGGGGGACAGGGAACCUGUAGGACUUUUGUAUCAAGCUCUGGAUCCUGACCAGGUUGUAUGUUCGGACUCUGGGUUUUGGGAAACAGUCGUAACACUGCCAGGACUGAAUAGGGACCUCAACUCGAGACACAGCUACUCCUUCCGACUUUGCACAUCUUCCUUUUUAAAAAAGAAACUCUGAGAAAAUGCAAAAACUGGAACUUUUUGCAAUAUGAUGAAAGAUGAUCUUAUUUUCGCUCAUUCUGUGACGUGUGCGACGCUUAAGAAAGCCAUACUUACUGGUCGGUCUUAUUUUCUGGGUUCUAUACUGUGUUUUGUGUGUGUCCCUUCCAGAACUCCUUGUAGUGAGGGCGCUCUGUGUGCGCUUUUCCUAAAUAUUUAUUUUUCCAACAUGCUCUCAACCUGUCAACAAAAGCAAAACCGACAGACAAGGGCAGUGUUUGAAAAUUGUGUUCUUCCCCCCUUGGGGACAAUCUACAUUAUACCCCUUUGUAGUGAUUACCCUACGCCUGUGUUUGUACUGGAGAUGUGUUUAUUGUUUGGGAGACGACUCUGUGAUCGGUCGGCAGAAAAUCAAUCGCAGCCGCCAUAGUCCGCAGCCGCAGGGCAGGGCGCGGCCCCUUCCGGUCCGCAGCCGCCGCUCCGGGCCUGCCCAGGGCCGUCCUUCCUGUGACGGGUUAGUUCGACCUUCUUGCAAAGCUUCCACUUCCAAUAAACUGGGAAACUGCGGCUCGA